UGAAAAUGGUUAAAUUGACUAGCACUGAUAAUUAUCAGCUGUUUUUUGGCUCAAAACAAAUUUUCAUUUUUUAAUAAAGAGCGCAAAUAAAUUGAAGUUUGCAACAAAUGUGCAUGCAGCGUUUAAAAAUUGCAAUCGCAUCAGCACAACAAACACGGCCAAGUUGUGCGUGACUCAGACUGAGAAGCAGGCUACUGCAAACUGCCAAGAGACUGGAGCUGGAAAUGAUGCAGUUGUCCAUGCCAGCGAACACAUACGAUGUGGCCAGCCGCUCUGACACGCCUGCUAAGACGACGCAUUAUUUACAUAAUCCUGCUGCUGCUGGUUCUCAUACUCAUGUUUGGCAAUUUCUUUGACCGUCAACUGCUCGGUGGCUUCAGUCGCUUGCACUAUGACGAUUAUGUUGUGAAGCGUACACGGCCGCUGCUGUGGCAACAAGAGCAGGAGGAGCAGCAGCAGCUAAAUCGCACACGGCAGCUGGAGCUGCCUUGUCGCAAUUCUGUGCAGGGCAGACGUCUGCUAACGGAUGAGCUUGGCUUUGUCUGUUUGCGUGAUCAAUUGCUGCCCAACGGUUGCUGCAAUCCAGAGCUAACUGACGGCAUCAGUUACAGCUGCCAGAGCUGUAAUCCUGCCACUCACUGCUGUGCCAUUUAUGAGUACUGCGUCUCCUGUUGCCUGCAGCCGGACAAGCGUGCGCUGCUGGAGAAAGUGCUGCAGUCUUCCCCCAUACAGAAGUAUGUGUACGCCAGCGUGGAGGAUCAGUUUGAGCUGUGUCUGGUCAAGUGUCGCACAAACUCGCAUUCGGUCGAGCAUGAAAACAAAUAUCGCAACGAAGCUGCCAAGUACUGUUAUGGUCCCACCGAAGCGCACGAGUCCCAGCGCGAGGUGGCGCCACGCGGCGGUCUGGGUUAAGGCUAAAGGUGCUGCUAGACGUUUUAGCACUCGAACUGAUCUCAGUUUUGGAUUUAGCAUUCUCUGACAACUCCAUGUGCCUCACUCUACUAGAGACAAACCUGUGGCCUCAUUAAUGUUGGCUUAGCUAUAAGUCUAUAUUAAUUUUGUAACUGUAUAUAGAAGGAAGUUAAUGAUUUUAGUUUAUUGCCUAUAGUUAGUAAGUAAUUCUUUUAUA